AUGGAUGACACUGAGUAUUGGCUGAACGACUAUGCGUCGAACAUAGGUUUUGGAAUAUUUCAUUCUGGAAUUGAAGUUUAUGGAGUUGAAUAUGCUUAUGGUGGGCAUCCUUAUGCAUUUUCUGGCGUUUUCGAGAAUUCGCCACAGGAUGCUGAGGAACUAGGAGAAAAUUUCAAAUUUAGGCCCUCACUGGGAAACGAUAUACCAACAUGGAUCAAUCGUUUAGCUAACCUUAGUGGAUCGAUUCCAUUUUUGGAAAGAUGUCUACCACAGGAGUGGUUGACGCCGGUUGCAUUACAACAGUCACUCGAUGAACAACGCAACGCAGAUCGCUCAAAAGCUGCUGGAAACGAUACCACAAACGAUUAUCGAUUGAUUCUGCUGAGGAUGCCUUAG